UUUAGAUCAUUCGCUACGCUACUCGUCCUUUCUUACUGCCCAUUUUUCUCUGCCCAUACCCCUACUAACAUCUUCACUCUUCUAUUUAGCAAUAAAUCUUUGGAGGUUUUUUUUUUUUUUUUUUUUUUUUAUUAACACAAACCAGAAUCUCUUUCCCCAUUCAUGAGAUGGUGGGACUCAGUGUAGUACUCGAAGGUUAUAAUGAUAAAGAUAAUAUUAAUACGAUAACUCCCGGGGUUUCUAAUUCCACUUGGCACAUUCUUAACAAAGCUAGUAUGGUAUUGAUGAAACCACCUUCUCCUCCGUCGAUCCCUUCUUCUCCUUUUUCCCGGAGAAAAUCUCCGGCCACUUCUGGGUUUCUCGAUUCAUGUUUCCUUUGUAAGCAAAAACUCUUACCUGGAAAAGACAUCUACAUGUACAAGGGAGAAUGGGCAUUUUGUAGCGUGGAGUGCAGAUGCAAGCAGAUUUUUAUGGAUGAAGAAGAGAGUAUAAAGACGAAAAAAAAUAGGAAAUCUCAAGCUUCCACUUCUUCUUCUUCUAAUAAUAAUAAUAAUAAAUCUUGUACUACUACUUCUUCAUCAUCUUCAUCGUCGUCUUCCUCUUCACGGUGCAUGAAAACGGCGGCGAGAAAUCGACCCAAUGGAUUUGCAUACUGAGAAAGAAGGUCAAUCUCACGGAAAUUUUGCUGCUUUCCAAUUUUGUCCUCAAAUAUAUUUUGUAAUGACUAUGGAUGUCCCUUUUGUUUAUUUUUUUUCCUUGGAUUUUUAUAUUAUUAGCCGUAGUAUUUUUUUUUUUUUUAUGAAAUUAAUAUUGGUAGUACGAACAUUUGGAAACCAACAAAUCUGCUGCUAGUUUUCAUUUAUUAGCCCCUGGGUUUUGGUUUCCCGUCGCCAAUUUAACUAAAUUGCAAAUAAUGAUAUUGGGAAUCUUCUUUUGUCAAGAGUGGGAGUUGUAAGGAUGGUCGGGAUAUUCUGGGUAAUCAAAUGAAAAAGUGGCAAUUUUCCAAUUAUAUCCCUCAACGAAGUGAUGAGUCAUUCAUUUUUAUUUUAUUAUUGCAUUUAAUGUCAUUAAAUUUUAUUUUGUACUUAAUGUUUCUAACUUAUCAUAAAAAU